AUGGACACACAUACAAAUACUCGUAUCUUGUCGGCCGACUUCUUUGAAUCCGACAAUGAUACGGAAAAUUACCAACAAGACAAAUACCAUAGUUUUAGUAGAUACUCGAAUCAUAAAUCAAAAGACAAUUGGUCAUACGGUGCCACUACCACUGCUGGUAUUAACUCACAUCGGUACUCGCUACCAAACGAUAAUAAAUAUACGAGGAAGUCUGAGCAUAAAAAAUAUCAUAAAAAAGAAAAAGCUAGGCCGAAACCAUUGCAAUUUGAGCACGAAAAAUACUAUGAUCAUGUGUUUCCAAAGAGAGAUGUUAGAAUAGGUACUGAUUUCUUUUACCAACCCAACAGUUUAGAUCAUGCAGAAUUGUAA